ACAGCGCUUAAUUGGAGCCCCCCGGCUCCGCCCGCUCCCGGCUCAGAGCAGCGGCGGAGCCCCGGAACGACCCCGGGGGAGCCCCUGGAUCCCCGGAACGGCCCCUGGAUCCCUGGAACAGCCCCUGGAACAGCUCCCGGAUCCCCGGAACGGCCCCUGGAUCCCCGGAACGGCCCCUGGAUCCCUGGAAUAGCUCCUGGAUCCCUGGAAUAGCUCCCGGAACGGCCCCUGGAUCCCUGGAAUGGCUCCUGGAUCCCUGGAAUAGCUCCCGGAUCCCUGGAAUAGCUCCCGGAACGACCCCGGGGGAGCCCCUGGAUCCCCGGAACGGCCCCUGGAUCCCCGGAACGGCCCCUGGAUCCCUGGAACAGCCCCUGGAACAGCUCCCGGAUCCCCGGAACGGCCCCUGGAUCCCCGGAACGGCCCCUGGAUCCCUGGAAUAGCUCCCGGAACGGCCCCUGGAUCCCUGGAAUGGCUCCUGGAUCCCUGGAAUAGCUCCCGGAUCCCUGGAAUAGCUCCCGGAACGACCCCGGGGGAGCCCCUGGAUCCCCGGAACAGCCCCUGGAUCCCUGGAACGGCCCCUGGAUCCCUGGAACGGCCCUUGGAUCCCUGGAACAGCCCCUGGAUCCCUGGAAUAGCUCCCGGAUCCCUGGAAUAGCUCCCGGAGCAGCUCCCGGAUCCCUGGAAUAGCCCCGGAGCAGCCGCGGGCCAGCCCCAGAUCCCGGCCCGGCGCUUUCCUGCGAACAGGAGAAUCCCCGGAUUUCCGAAUCCCUGGAUUUCGAAUUCCCAGCUUCCAAACCCCCGGAGUCCCGAUCCCCCGGUUUCCCAAGGCGUGUCCCGGCAGCCCGAGCGGACUCCGACCCCAUCCCGGCGCCGCUUCCCGGGAUCUCCGGCCCGGAGGAGCCGCCGCUGCUUCUCCUGGAUUUUGGCUUCUCCCGUGGAUUUUUUUGGCACCGGGGGCACCGGGAGGGGUCGGGGUGUGGCCGAGGCCGAGACUUCUUCCUCCCUUCCUUCCUCAUCGUCCGGCUGGCCCCGGGAUCGCUCCCAAACCGGGCUUUUCCCGGGAAGGGAGGAGGCGCGGCGGGUCCCGCUGUGCCCUGGCAUGGAGCUGGCACCGCUCCGCCGCCCCCGGGCCGGACUCUCCGCUGGAUUCCCCAGGCUGUCCUGAGCCGCCAUGGCCACCAAGGUGCCGAUCUACCUGAAGAGGGGCAGCCGCAAGGGCAAGAAGGAGAAGCUGCGGGACAUCCUGUCCUCGGACAUGAUCAGCCCUCCGCUGGGCGACUUCCGACACACCAUCCACGUGGGCAGCGGCGGCCAGAGCGACACCUUCGGGGACAUCUCCUUCCUGCAGGGCCAGCUCCACCUGCUGCCCCGCGGUGCCGCCGAGGCGCCGCCGCCCCUCGAGCUCCCGCGCACGGCCACCGUGUCGGGCGGCGAGGCGGCGGCGCCGUCGCCGCUGCUCAAGAACGCCAUUUCCCUGCCGGCGCUGGGCGCGGCGCGGGCGCUGACCCUGCCCGCGGAGCAGGCCCCGCCGAAACCCCCGCGGCUGCACCUGGACGAGGCCGCGGCCGUGUCGCCGUCACCGUCGUCGCCGUCACCGUCGUCGUCAUCGCCGUGCCCGCGGCUGGCCGCCAACGGCGAGGCCGAGCCCUUGCUGUCGCACGCCGGCUCCCUGCUGUCCCUGCACGUGGACCUGGGGCCGUCCAUCCUGGAGGACGUGCUGCAGGUCAUGGAGCGGCACCGGGCCGAGCGCGGCGCCGCCGCCCGAACCGAGAUCCUGACGUGAGGGCGGAGGCGGGGGGAGACGGACGGGGAGGAUGAGGAUGGAGGAGGAUUCUGGGGGUUUGCAGAUGUGGAUCUCGGAUUCCAGCUCGGAUUCCCGCCUUUCCUCAUGGUGAGGAUGAGGAUGGAGGAGGAUUUUGGGUGCUUUCAGAUGUGGAUCUCGGAUUCCAGCUCGGAUUCCCACCUUUCCUCACAGUGAGGAUGAGGAUGGAGGAGGAUUUUGGGGGUUUGCGGAUGUGGAUCUCGGAUUCCAGCUCGGAUUCCCGCCUUUCCUCACGGUGAGGAUGAGGAUGGAGGAGGAUUUUGGGGGUUUGCAGAUGUGGAUCUCGGAUUCCCGCCUUUCCUCACGGGGAGGAUGAGGAUGGAGGAGGAUUUUGGGGGUUUUCAGUUGUGGAUCUCGGAUUCCAGCUCGGAUUCCAGCCUUUCCUCACGGUGAGGAUGAGGAUGAAGAAUUUUGGGGGUUUGCAGAUGUGGAUCUCGGAUUCCAGCUCGGAUUCCCGCCUUUCCUCACGGUGAGGAUGAGGAUGGAGGAGGAUUUUGGGGAUUUGUGGAUGUGGAUCUCGGAUUCCAGCUCGGAUUCCCACCUUUCCUCACGGUGAGGAUGAGGAUGGAGGAGGAUUUUGGGAGUUUUCAGUUGUGGAUCUCAGAUUCCAGCUCGGAUUCCCACCUUUCCUCACACCAGGUGAGGGUCCAGCCUCGGGGGAGAAGCAGAGUGACCCCCAAGUUCUCCCAGCCUCCUCAGUGCCGGGGCUGACCACGCUGGACCCCGCGGGGUGAAUUCCCAGAGAUUCCGGCCAGGAGGAUUCGGGGUUUGUUCUCUGACCCUCCUGAACCCCCACGGCGCUGUCACCUCAACCUCUGCUCCACGAAACCCUCUGAAAAUCCCACGGGUGGGGAAAUCUCCGCCGGGCUCCGUGUCCCUGCGGAGAAGCCAAAUCUCCCCAUGGAGGAGCUGGGAUAUCCCAAGGGGGCUCUUGUUUUAGGAACUCAAUCCACAGAGGGGCCAAAAAAUCCCUCUGGGGCCGAACCGGAGCGGCUGGAAAUGGUCGAGGAGGCGCAAAACCAACCCAGCACCCCAGCGUGAGCCGCAGGUGGAUCCCGGCACCGAGGGAUCCCUCACGGAUCGUUUGGGGGAACAGGGAAUGCCGAGGGAUUCCAGCUGGAUUUGGGGAAUAGGGACAAGAACCCCGCUGGAAACGCUGCUGCUGGAGGAGCCACCGGGACAGGGGGGGACCUUGGCCGGGCUCCUGUCACAGAUUCCAUCCUUUCACCGAUUCCUGGCAGUCUGAGCCCAAAAUGAGGCUGGGAUCCCCCCAGGCCGGGAUCCCCCCCUCCUGACCCCACUGGUGCUGCUCCUCAUUGCCUAAUUCAGAGUCUAAUUUAGAUUAUCUGCCUAAUGACUCAUUAGAUUCUCGUUAACCAA